CUCCUUCAUUGUUUUGGUUUCGUUAAUUUGAAAACACGUGAAAAGAGUGAGUGCAUAUUAAAAUAAUUAAUAAAAUGGGUAAAUCAAAGAAAGGCAAUAAGAUAGUAACUAGUUUUCGAUCAACCCAAGGCUUAGAAGAUCAAAUCACUGAAGGUCGUGUAGUAAAAUCAAAAAGUAAGAAGCACAAAGAUCCAAUAAAAUUGCGACAUGAUGAAGAGGACAAUGAAUUUAUUGAUCCAAAAACAACUCAAAGAAUCUUAAAUGCAGCACAGAAACAACGUGCUGAACUUGCAAAAGAAUUCGGUCCAACACCAGGUGAAGCACAAAGUCGCGGACUUUAUAAUACAAAGAAAUUUUCUGCAGACAGCGAUGAAUCUGAUCAUGAAGAAUUCGAGGAUAAUAAGGAAGAAUAUACAGAGCAUGACUUCUUUGAUGAUCUUCGUAUUAAUGACGAGGAUGAAAGAGCACUCCAAAUGUUUCAAAAUAAGGAAGGUCCAAAAACCAGAACACUAGCUGAUAUAAUUAUGGAGAAGAUUGCAGAGCGAAAAACAGAAAUACAGACACAGUUUUCUGAUAAUGGAUCAUUGGCUUUGGAAGACUUAGAUCCACGAGUCAAGGAAAUGUAUGAAGGAGUUCGGGAUGUUAUGAAGAGAUUCCGUACUGGAAAAGUGCCAAAAGCCUUUAAAAUUAUCCCCAGACUCAAAAAUUGGGAACAAGUGCUUCUCUUAACAGAACCCCAUAAUUGGUCAAGUGCUGCUGUAUAUGAGGGAACGAAAAUGUUUGCAUCCGGUUUGACACAAGCAAUGACACAGAGAUUCUUUAGCUUAGUAUUACUUCCUCGCAUUCGAGACGAUCUAGCUGAAUUUAAGAAAUUAAAUUGUUUCCUUUAUCGAGCGUUGAGGAAGGCACUUUUUAAGCCAGCUGCAUUUUUUAAAGGUAUAAUUCUUCCAUUGCUUAUGUCCGGUGACUGUACACUUAGGGAAGCUAUUAUUUUUGGAAGUAUCAUAAGUCGAACAUCAAUUCCUGUUCUUCAUGCUGCAGCAUGUCUUUUAAAAGUCUGUGAGAUGGAAUAUAGUGGAGCAAAUUCGAUAUUUGUAAGGAUACUGCUAGAAAAACGAUAUGCCUUGCCUUAUCGUGUAGUUGAUGCUGCAGUCUUUCACUUUUUACGAUUUGAAACAGACCAACGUGAAUUACCGACACUUUGGCAUCAAGCUCUUCUUACAUUUGUUCAACGAUACAAAAAUGACAUUUCGUCAGAACAGAAAGAUGCUUUGAUGCAGUUACUUCGAAAGAAGAGUCAUGCAAAAAUAACACCAGAAAUACGUCGUGAGUUACAAGCAGCAAAACCAAGAGAUGCAGAAAUGGGAGCUGCUAUGGUAUGCGAAGAGGAAAAUGAUGACAACGAUGAUAUGGAUACUGAAUGAAUGUGUUUGAAAAGCUAUAAUGAAAAUAAACAUUUUUAGAAUGUUGUAAUAACAUUCAUUGUUAAAAGAAUUACUUACGUG